GGUAAAGCAAUUCAUGUGAUAAGAUGUCAUGGAAAUUUCACAAAAAAAAAAAAAAAAAAAAUCGUCAUGGGUUAUUAACAAUCAACUUAGUUGUAAAAAUGUUGACCUCUUAACCAAUCAAUACCCCAAUUUCAAUAUAACCCCUUACUCUUCAUAUAAACUCCAUAUCUCACACAAACAAAAUAUCAACAUUCUUAAAAACAAAGCCAUGGAACAUUCUCUCAUCAUUCUCCUCUUCACCGUCCUCGUCCUACUCACCACCACUCCCGGAACCCUAUCUCAGCCCUCUCCAGCCGUCGCUCCGACACCACCAGGACCCACAAACGUCACCAAAAUCCUAGAGAAAGCUGGUCAAUUCACCGUCUUCAUCCGACUCCUCAAAUCCACCGGAGUUGCUAACCAACUCUACGGCCAACUAAAGAACUCCGACAAUGGAAUCACUAUCUUCGCACCGAGUGAUUCCUCGUUCUCCGGUCUCAAAGCCGGAACCCUAAAUUCCUUAACCGACGAGCAACAAGUAGAGCUUAUUCAGUUUCAUGUCAUACCAAGUUACGUUUCUUCCUCUAACUUCCAAACAAUAAGUAACCCUCUACGGACUCAGGCCGGUGACUCUGCCGAUGGACAUUUUCCACUUAACGUUACCACCAGUGGCAAUACCGUAAAUAUCACGACCGGUGUAACCAACACCACCGUCUCCGGUAAUGUCUACAGCGAUGGACAACUCGCUGUUUACCAGGUGGAUAAAGUUUUGCUUCCACAGCAAGUUUUCGAUCCUCGCCCACCUGCUCCGGCUCCGGCUCCGUCAGUCUCGAAAUCAAAGAAGAAGAAGGAAGACAGUGAUAGUUCCGGUGAUGAUACUCCGGCGGAUGCUUCGUUUGCUUCACGUAACGUUGGUUCUCUGCGUGAUGCGGUGUCGUUUUGCUUCAUGAGCGCAUUACUCGGAUGGUUUUAUUUGUGAUGAUAAGUAUUAUUACUCAUGAUUUCCUGCCAUGUGGGUGAUAUUUUUCUCUUGGUUUUCAUGUGAUUUUGUGUUAAUCAACUCCAUUUGUUUUUUUCUAUUUCCAUUUUUGUGCGAGUGAAUUUUGUUUUUGUUAAUUAAUAUGAUCUCGUUUGUCUCUAGA